CACGACAGCAGUGGGCAUUCUCCACCUCCCUGACUGGGCAGCAAUUGAGGAGAUCAGGGACGGGGUGGGAGGCUUUUCAGAUGUGUCAAGCUUGUGAGGCUAUGGAGAGGUGAGGACUCGGUACAUUCAGCUCUUUGGAGAGAAUGGCCAAAGGGAAGCGGUUCAACCCAUCCUUGGACAAGGCCGGAAGAUGGUUUCCUCAAAUUGGAGUGGUGCAGAAGACACCAGAAUCCAUCACAAGUGCUACCCUGAAGGAAAUCCACUGCCCAUACUUGUCUCAGCAGGUGGAGAGGAAGCUGCCACCAAUCUACAAAAUCCGAGAGAAGCAAGCAGCAAGCAAAAGCAGCUUCCCCUUUUCUAUGCAUGACAAUCGCCACAGUUUUGAGAACUCUGGAUACUAUUUUGACACUGGCUUGGGACGCAAGAAGAUCUCCCCAGAUAAAAGGCAACACAUUUCUAGAAAUUUCAAUCUCUGGGCCUGUGACUUCAUCCCAUCCCAUUUUGAUGGCCUUUCAAAUAACCAAACAUCCUAUGUACAUAAGGAAGCCAGGGUAAUCGCAACUUUCCGACGCUUCCCUAGAUGUUAUGAUGAAAAAUGGAGUGCCUUCAAGUUUAUUAAUGAACAAAACUAUGCAGAAUUUUUGAAAAAACAGAAAAAACAGCCAAAUGAGGAGUUUUCUGUUGACACAAAGGCCGACUCUCCACAGGAGCCCUAAUCCUUCCAGAAGAUUCUUGAUGAGCUUUGUGAUGUCAUCUCAUCAGGCAUUCAUAAAGUAUGUCUCUGACCCAACCCUUCUGUGAUUUUCAUAAGGCUGAAGAUAUUCAAAUUCUUAUAAAGUUGUAUGAAGCUGUACACACGUGUAAAUAAACUGUUAAGGUUGUCACAUUUA